UUAAAACAAUGUUUUUUUUCACUUUUCUUUCUUUUCUGUAUAAAGAGAACACGUGAUUUUCAAUUUCAUUAUCAUUUUUUAUUUAUUUCUAAUAUAAUAUGAUUUUAAUAGUUUUAUUUUGAUUUCAUUUUUCAUCCUUUGUUAUAUAUAUCGUUCGUGUUGUAAAAAUGUAAAAAUAUAACCUAAGUCACUCCGAAAUUUGUAAGCACAACUACAAAUCGUCAGAAUUUGAAUAACAAGAGUAUCAUUCAUGUAACAUGUAUGUUUAAUAGUUGUUACAGUGUUGUACCGUAGGCUAUGGAUGGAGCAGAGCAAUGAAUAUAUAGUAUGGCUGAGGAAUCUUCUUAUUAGUAUAAAAUAACUAUGAAUCCUUACUGUGGAAGAAUAUACAUGAACCCUUGUAUUUAUAACUCGACACAAAUGUUUAUGAUUUAAAUGCUCUACAUAAGUGGAAUAAUUUUAUAGUUUAAAGAUACUGUAUACUAUGCUUAUUUUUGAGAAAAAAUCUUUAUCACAGAAAUUCAUUGAAAUCCAUAAAUUGUUUACUGACUUUGUGUAUUUUGAACACAAGAAUGAAAAUGAAUAAACUAUGUAUGGGAAGCGAUCCCUUUUACAGGUCAAGUAAAAUUGAUAUUUUCUUGAAAAUAGAACUUGUGGUAUUUUGUUUUAGACUGUGAACGUAGUUAAGAUAAAGUAAAAACAAUUGAAUAGAUAUCUAAGGGCCAAUAAGUUCAAUAUACUUUUUCUUUAGGAUACUCAUUUGGCAGGUAAAUAAACAGAAUAUGUAAAAAGUCAAUGGGAAUACAAAUGUCAUUGAAGCAAUCUUAAGUCAGUCGACCACAAUGCUAUUUUUUUACCUUGAAUUUAUUUCUGAAGAAUCAGAAACUGGAUGCAUUUUUUAUUAUAAGUUGUACAAUCAGUACACUCAAAACAAGAUUUGUUUUUAAGCUUGUCAGAAUUAUUCUAAGAAGACGCCAAAAUGACGUCAUUUUAAACUGAUAGGUGUGGAAUUUGAAGACUGACUAAUCGUUCACAAUAUAAUCCAGUCUGACAGCUCAAACCAGAAUGCUAAUAUCCCAAAAAGAAUUAUCAUAUUAAUCGAUGACUAUAAGAAUAUCACCACAACAUAUUUCGUUACAAAGGACAACAUCAUGGCACGCAACCGACUUCAAGAUAUAGAUGUUAUUAAGGUAAGCGCACCAGUGAAAUGUUUUCCACGGUAUCAGUACAUGCUAAAGAUGAGGAAAGAUUUGGCCAAGCGGUAUAACUGUUUGAUGGAGAAAUAUGAAUGUGACCCACUUAAAGACGAUCUCAGUGACGAAAAUGUAUGCAUAUUUAUGUGCAAAUCUAAGAAAUCGAAAGAACCCUUUAUCGACAUAGAAUUGAUUGUUUCACCAAGACAUCAGGACUCUGUUACUAAAAGAGAGUACCAAGCUGAAAAUGAAAAUGAAUUGAAAUCAGUCAAAGGCGCUUACUUCAUAUUUUUAGGAGAUGAAGAUACUUUGACAAUUUCAAAAGAUUUCCAUGAACGUACUAUUGUGAUAGGAAAAGAUAAAGAGUCGGAAUACAUUCUUACACAGAUAUUAGGUAGUAAGGAAAGAAUUGGUGAUUGUUUAUAUGAUGAUUUAUUCAAAGCUUUGUCAAUCCAUUUAGAAAGGUUUGCUUUGACUGGAAUGAGGAGUGCAUGUGAAAAUUUGUAUUCUGUUCUUACAGACAACGACGUGGCAGGCGAGCUUUCCUUGAAUUCUCGAAGUACCGAGUCAACGAAACAACGACCUAAAUCAGACGGAGUCGACAUUAAAGCUAAUUCAGCGGAACGAACACCCCGACCACAGUCUGAAGACAUUAAACAAUCAUUAGAAGUUAAAAAUAGUCAAGACAAAAGUCGCAAACGCGGCAUUCAUGCCAAUUUUCCAGAUGCAGACAAAGAGUUGAUAGAACGUCUUCACACUGAAUUUGUUGGAAUAUUUAACAGAAGCAUUCUUCCAAACAAUGAGAAACCGUGUUUUGCUGAAAACCUGUACAAGAUUGAUAAAACGAUGUUGCAGGAGUUAAAGAUGAUAAGUCAUUUGAUAAGAAGUUGCGGAUAUCGCUGGGGUACCUUUCAGAUAAAUGUCAACGAUGAAUACAUUUCAGACGAUAUUAAAAAAGGCAUCGAUACUUUAAUGAAAACACAUAACAUAACAAAGUACUCUUUAGUUAAAGUUGGAAUAAACCAGUGUUCAACUUGCCAUGUAGGUCAGGGAGUAAAAGUUGAAUAUGGAGCUGGAACUCUUGGGGGGUUCGCUAAAACGUCUUCGGAAGAAUCAGAACGGGCUUGGGCCAUACUUUCUAGACAUGUUGCUCAAAGAAGUUCUGACAGGAAUCUGUACAUUGCUAAUGACGAGAAAACGUAUAUUGGAAAGGUUAUGAAAGAAGUUAUUGAGGAUGAGGCAAAUAAACAAUACCUUGAUAUUGCCGCUGCAUCAUUGCAGCGAGACAUAUCUUUUGAUUCAAGGUAUAUUACUGAAGAGGGGAGUCCUGUUCCAGGAAAACCUUGCGAUUAUGAUACCGAUAAGCUUAGAGGUUUGAAUGUACACAUUAAAGGAGCUACAACGCGACUAGGUCUUGGUACAAUUACUAUGCCGGAACAAAUUGCAGUGCAAACUGACAAUUUGGAUGAGAACUAUAUAAUUGUAGAAGACAGACAUAAAGGCAUUGCUUUCUGUCAAGCAGGCGAUAGUGGGGCGAUAGUGUGUGCCGAUAAUCCUGAUAAAUAUGGAGAGGAAGUCCAGUUAAUUUCAAUGGUUGUUGGAGAAAAUAUAAACAAACCGGCAUCACAGCGACAACGUUCAUAUACUACGGUUAGACUUGAUAAGGGUUUAGAGCAGCUGAAAUCAUUAACAGAAAAAGAUUUUCACAUGUGUUAAAUGAACAAUGAUUGUUUAUGUGCAUUCAUGUGUUUCGGGUGUCCAGUAUUUUUAACAGUUUCAAGUUUUAACGUAUGUUUGUCUGUAAGUAGUUCUCCGUUCAGUCAACACACUUUAACCUAGACACUCCAUACCUUAAGUAUAUGUUAAACCUUGUAUUAAUUUUUACUUUCAACGUUACCAGUUUCCUUAUAAUUUUGGAAGUUAUGGUAUUAUUCUUGUAGUUGUGACGUUUCCGGUUAAAGGGGAUGUGGUCUGUGUCAACUUCAUUGUAUGACAUAUUGAUGUACGAGUAUGAAUGCUUUCAUUGAUCAAGGAUAACAACUUAAGAACAAAUAACAAAGUCACGAAACCAGUUGUUGCAUAAAUAUCAGAUGAAUGCAAAUACUGUUGAAAAACCAACUGCGUACACCACAUGUUACAAUGAAAUAGAUUGGAAACUAAUAUUUAAUAUACCUUUGAAGAGUACAAUCGACACCAAUCGUCGUAAUUUUCAAAACAGUUUUAAUGCGUUUAGUCCCAACAAAUAAAUAUAUUUUAAAUGCAACUUAUCAUCUGCCAAUGUUUAUGAUUUUUGUUUAUUUGAGAAUAUAUUGAACAUUUAAUAUAGAGAUGUCAAUAAACAAAAGUUUUCUGGAACAUAAUCCAAACAUUUGUAUUCUCUAAAGGUUAUCUAGUGUAUUUCAGUAUAUUAGGUAUGCAUAACACUUUAAAUGUUAUCAUAAUUCUGUGUAAAUACUUCAUAUUUAAAUGAAAUAUAGCAAAAAUAUACCAACUUUUGGAACAUUUAUGCUAUAUCACUCUUAUAGAAAUUGGAAAAUAAAUAUCUUUAAUACAAAACAAUCUAUUGUGAUGAACGAUCGUCAAAUUUCAAUGAAACUUAAAUUUUACAGACCCCAAAACCACUCAAUUUAGACAUAUAAAUAUGGAUAUUCAUACGGAACAGGAUACGAUCUUCUGUUCUUGUCCCCUUUAACCCAUUUAUUUUUACUUUUUUUUUAAUAUUUUUUUACUAAGUAUAAGCUUUGUCAAAUAUCAUUAUACAUGUAAUUGUUUCAAUUUGUAACCCCUUAUUAAUCAGUGUAAUAAAAUCUAAUAU